AUGAAACUGGAUACCAAGAAAGCUUUUGUCAAAAGAACUGACAGGGUCAAGGGAAUUGACUUUCAUCCUACUGAACCGUGGGUGUUGAUAACCGUAUACUCUGGUCGCGCCGAAAUCUGGAAUUAUGAGACUCACUCCGAGGUAAGGUCUAUAACAGUAUGUGAGGCACCUAUUAGAGCCGGUCGCUUUAUACCCAGAAAGAAUUGGAUUGUUGUUGGCAGUGAUGACUUUAAGAUUCGCGUUUUUAACUACAAUACAGGAGAAAAGUUGGUUGAUUUUGAAGGACAUCCAGAUUAUAUUAGAUCUUUAGCGGUGCAUCCCACAAUGCCUUAUGUCUUGUCUGCAUCUGACGAUUUAACUGUGAAGCUUUGGAAUUGGGAAAAGAAUUGGGCUUUGGAGCAAACCUUUGAGGGGCACGAACAUUUUGUUAUGUGUGUUGCAUUCAAUCCCAAAGAUCCCAACACCUUUGCUACGGCAUGUUUGGACCAUACAGUUAAGAUAUGGUCCCUGAGCCAAGAAACUCCCAACUUCACUUUGAAGGCACACGCUGAAAAGGGUGUUAACUUUGUCGACUACUACCCGUUCCAAGACAAGCCAUAUUUGAUUACAUCUUCAGACGAUAAGACAGCUAAGGUUUGGGAUUACCAGACGAAGUCGUGCGUUGCCACCUUGGAAGGACAUAUUUCUAAUGUUUCGUACGCUGUUUACCACCCCACUUUGCCUAUUAUUAUCUCUGGAUCUGAAGAUGGUACUAUAAAACUGUGGAAUUCUAAUACUUACAAGCUUGAAAGAACUUUGAGCCUAGGACUAGAAAGAAGUUGGUGUAUAAACACUCAUCCUACAGGGAAGCGCAAUUUUAUUGCAUCCGGUUUUGACAAUGGGUUUUCUAUUUUGUCAAUCGGUAGCGAUGAGCCCAAGAUUUCUUUGGAUCCAGUCGGCAAGCUAGUGUGGUGUGGUGGUAAGAACUCUUCUGCAACGGAUGUGGCUACUGCUGUUAUUAAAGAUAGCGAAGAUAUUGCCGAUGGUGCUAUAUUACCAUUACAAACUAGAGAAUUGGGUGUUGUUGAUGUUUUCCCACAGUAUAUAAGGCAUUCACCAAACGGAAGAUUUGUAACUGUCAUUGGUGACGGUGAAUUCAUAGUCUAUACUGCUCUAGCAUGGAGAAACAAAGCCUUCGGUAGGUGUCACGACUUCGUGUGGGGUACAGAUUCCAAUAGUUACGCUUAUAUUAGUGAAAGUGGAGAAGUCAAAUUGUGCAAGAACUUUAAGGAGGUUGCAGGUUGGUCAAUUCCAUUACAAUUUGGUGCUGAAAAACUCUUUUCUGGUAACCUAUUGGGUGUCAGCGCUGAUGGCGCCUUAUACUUCUUUGACUGGGAAACUGGAGCUCUAGUUAGAAAGGUAAACGUCGAUGCACGUGAUGUUGUCUGGUCGGACAAUGGAGAACUAUUAAUGAUAUUACCAUCCGGAUCUAGUGACUUCUCAAAUCCUUUUGUAUUGGAUUAUUGCAGUGCAGUGUAUGAAGAAGCUGUUGCUAACGGUACCCUCGAUCCAGAGGAGGGUGCAGAAAGCGCUUUUGAGGUUCUUCAUGAUGUUAAAGAAGCAAUUACUUCAGGUAAGUGGGUUGGAGAUGUUUUCCUAUAUACCACUACUACAAACAGAUUAAACUACUUCGUCGGUGGUAAAUCCUAUAAUUUGGCCCACUUUGACAAAGAAAUGUACUUACUUGGGUACUUGGUCCGUGACAAUAGGGUAUAUUUAACUGAUAGAGAAAUUAAUGUGUAUGGGUACAAGAUUUCCAUUGAAGUGCUAGAAUUCCAAACUUUAGUUUUAAGAGGGGAAGUUGAGUCGGCUAGAGAAUCCGUUUUACCAAAUAUUCAAGGAAAGGAUAAUCUAUUAAAGGUUUCUAGGUUUCUCGAAGGGCAGAAUAUGUUGGAGUUUGCCCUCGAAGUUUCUCCAGAUCAGGAACAACGGUUUGAUUUGGCCUUAAAAUUGGGAUCGUUAACAUUGGCGCGUGAUAUCAUUGCUGACAGUACCAACGAACACAAAUGGAGAACUCUCGGUGACGCCGCGUUAAAACAGUUUAACUUUAAAAUGGCAAUCGAGUUUUAUAGAAACGCCAAUGACCUCGAGUCACUCUUUCUAUUGCAUUCGUCUUUCAGUAACAAGAAGGAAUUAAUUGCUAUUGCAGAGGAAGCUAAGAAGGCUGGGAAAUACAAUUUGGCCUUUAAUGCCUACUGGGUUGCAGGUAACAUAGAAGGCUCUACAGACUUGCUCGUAGAAAGCAAGAGAUUUUCAGAGGCAGCUAUACUUGCAUCCACUUACGGCUCAAAGCAAGAUGAAGUCGCAGACAUAGUUGAAAAAUGGAAAGAGAGUCUCCAUUUGGAAGGCAAGAAGGUCAUAGCGGAAAGAAUUGAAGUACUUGAUAAAAAUGCUUCUCCUCUUCAACGCGAUUCUUUAAUUGAUAUUGACGAUUCCGAAAAGCUACCCAAGGGUGAGAAGACCACUAAGGAUACAGCUAAAGACGUUCAACAAGAAUGA